AUGACAGUUUUUAACCAUAGCGUCUACCUUAACGUCACAACAUUAUGCCCUCAACACAUCAACUUGUACAUCAUAAACCUCACAGCAUCCUACACCGACCAGAGCAAUGAGCCAACCAUCGUGUCCUCCUCCGUCAUCAUGUUCGUGCUCGCCGGACUCUUCUUCAACCUCAACCUCUUCAGCGGCAUCUCCGACGUGAGCGCCAUCCUGGACCCCAAGGUCCGGCUCUUCCUCUCCUCGGCGCUCUCCCUCUUCCUCCCCGUCAUGUCCUACCUCUUCUCGGAGGCCAAGAACGCGAGGUCCACCACGAGCUCCAGCUCCAGCUCGACCUCCUCCACUGCCGGUGCUGCUGACCUCUCCCUGACGGCCGGGCUGAUCCUGGUGUGGAUGCUCCUGGUGGAGCUCCUCCGCAAGAAGGUGGACGAGAUCCGCAUGCGCGGCUACUCCAGCACCAUCCAGCGCGCCGGCCGCGUCUUCUGGCUGGGAAACCUCGUCUUCUUCAACAUCAAGAGCGUUGGACGGAAGGCGGUGUUCGGCAUCCUCUGGAUCCUCUGUGCCACCAAAGUGGCGCAGCGGAUCGCCUUCACCGAGGUCGGCAAGCGCUCCUACGCCCAUGGCAAGAACGCCUCCGUGCUCACCUCCUACAUGGCUCAGAUGCUAGACGUCGACGACCAUGGUGACGAGCGCCAGCAGCACCACCCUGCACCUGCAGGUGACCAUGUCGACGUGGAGCAUGGCGAACAGCAUGGUGGAAUAAUUGGAAACGAGAUGCUCAGGAGGUGCAACUACAUCGUCAUGGGAGAGAAGAAGCUGGUGAAGAAGGCUACCGCAGAUGGCUACGAGUUCAACGACGUCGCCUCCAACGACAGCAUCGUCACCGUCGGUAAAGUCUGGGAGCUCGCCGAGUCCGACCAGCUCUUCGACCACUACGACAAGAACCAACGCCUCAAGAGGCUCUGCCUCUCCUUCGCUCUCUUCAAGUUGCUGCGCCGGCGGUUCGAGCACCUGCCAGCGAUGACCGACGCGGAAGCCCGCGACUGCCGGAGCCUCAUCUUGAACGGCCUGUACAACAACAACGGCGGCAGCGAGGGCAACGCGGCAGAGGCGCUGUUCCAGGUGAUGAACGACGAGGUGAACUUCCUCAGUGAGUACUACCACUCCGUCAUCCCCGUCGUCUUCGCGAGCCCCUUCUUCCUCGUGGCAAACUACCUCCUCCUGCCCGUCGUCGUCACCGUCCUAUGCCUCAUGUCCAUUGUCCUCUGUGGCAACGGCGACGCCGGCUAUGCGUUCAAAAGCCUCGGCAGAGACAACUACACGCUACGGUCAGGAGUUCCAAAAAUAGUCUUGUGCCUUGUAGCCAGAGCUGCCAAUAGAUCUGCUCCAGCCUUCUUCUCCCUGGUAGACCUUGCUAUCACCGUGUUUCUCUUCAUCAUCUUCUUCUACGAGGAGAUAUGGGAGUUCCUUGUUUUCCUCCUCUCCAACUGGUUCAUGGUCUCAGUGCUAUGCGACUACACCGCCAAACGCCAUUGGCGUGAAAGCCCCACCUUCAGCGGAGCCUUCCGCCGCCUCCUGUGGCUGCGUAGCAAGAUGAGCCAUGGCGACCUUAGGCUAAAGCAAUUCUCCGUGCUGAACCUUCGCUGGCCACUCCUUGUACCAUUGUUCGCCCCACUCUCCUUGGCGGUAAGAUCGGAGCCGGCGCCUAACAGCUUGAAACGAUCCAUCAUAGAUUGCCUUGUGAGACAUGACCGCGACAACACCCCUCUCACCAAUGGCAAGUCCGUGUUGGAAAGGCACCAUCUCUCCACGCAGCUCAAAUGGGCUUGUGGCAGCGACAGUGUCGCCGAGGUCAUCCUGACAUGGCACAUCGCCACCAGCAUCUUGGAGGUGAAGUGUGCCCCUCAGAGUAAAGACGAAGUAGCUCUCAGCAGGGUGGCAACUAGGCUGUCCAAGUACUGCGCUUACUUGGUGGCGUUCCAUCCGGAGCUGCUGCCGGACAACAAGGAGAAGGCGGAGACUGUGUUCGAGGACAUGAAGGCGGAGCUGAAGAGCAUGAUUGGGUGUCCGGCGUACUUCCUCUCGUCCAAGAGUACGAAGGUCCAGAGGAUCAUGGAAGAAAUACAUGUGGAAACGCCAGACCAAGACAAAGCAGCAGAAUCAGGCCAGAGUGAUGACGAGAGCAAGGUCGUUCUGAACGGAGCAAAGCUAGCAGGGGACUUGCUAAGGGAGGGAGGUGACCGUCAUGAAACAGUGUGGAAGGUGUUGGCCGACGUGUGGACGGAGCUCAUCGUCUUCGUGGCGCCGUCGAACGAGGAGGAGCGCGUGAAGGGGCAUGAGCAGGUCCUGGUGCAAGGAGGAGAGUUCAUCACCGUGCUCUGGGCGCUGACAACCCACAUUGGCGUAACUCGGCCGACCCCCAACAAGCGAUCAUCAACUUCAACAAGUGGUCGUCUGUGA